AUGGCCCAGAAAAGUUCACCCAUCGAUCCAAGGAGUGGUUUCAAUUCAAUUAACAAAACCUUUCACAGCCUCAGACCUCCACUUGAUCUUCCUGAAGAGGACACUCCUCUCUCAGCUGCUGUAUACGCUUUCUCUCUCAGACUCAAAUCACCAUUGCCGCAUGACUCUGUGGCUUUAAUCAACCUGAUUACCGGGCAUCGGAUUUUCUACUCUCAGUUCACCACCAGAACUAAGUCCUUGGCCGCUUAUUUGCAGAAAGUUACCGAACUCUCCAAAAAUGACACUGCCUUUAUACUCUCUCCAAACUCUCUUCGGAUACCCAUCCUUUACUUCUCUCUUCUCUCACUCGGUGUUAUCAUCUCUCCCGCUAACCCAGACAGCCCGGAAUCUGAAAUUGUCAACCAAGUUAAGUUAUCUAAGCCGGUCAUUGCUUUUGCCACGUCAUCAACCGUUCACAAGCUCCCAACACUUGAACACCAGCCCAUCCUCAUUGACUCCCCCGAGUUUGAGUCAAUGAUGGUGAGCUCAGAAUAUGAAUUCGAGCGCGUUAAAUUGAGUCAAUCCCAUUUGGCAGCGAUCUUGUACUCCUCUGGAACAACUGGAAGGGUGAAAGGUGUGAUGCUAUCUCAUAGAAACUUAAUAUCAGAAGUUGCCACCAUUUGUGCAACUUGAAAAAAGCGAGAAUCCACGGCCGUUAUGUUACAAACGACGAAUAUGUAUUUUAACAUUAGCGGGUUUAUCCGUUCUCUAGCUUCAGUGGCGUUGUGUGAGACAUUUGUGGUAAAUGGGAUGGAGAGGUUUGAUGCGAAGAAGAUGUUGAAGGCUGUGGAAGAGUUUAGUGUUACAAAUAUGAUUGGUGCACCAUCAGUGAUGGUUGCCCUGUGCAAGGGUAGUUUAACAGACAGCUUUGAUUUGAGCUCGCUUGAGAGCGUAGUGUGUGGUGGUGUUCCAUUCUGGAAGGAUGCAAUGGAGGCAUUUAUGGCUAGGUUCCCGAAAGUUGUAUUGUUGCAGGUUUACGGGAUGACUGAAACAGGCGCGGUUUUUCGUACAAUAUGUAAAGAAGAAAGUAACCGUUUGGGUUCCGCCGGGAGACUUUCAGGGGGUUUUGAAGCAAAAAUUGUUGAUACUGAAACCGGUGGAGCCUUGCCUCCUUGCAAAGAAGGGGAACUUUGGAUUAAAGGACCCUCAACAAUGAAAGGGUACGUUGGGGACGAAGAAGCAACUGCUUCUACUUUGUUAACGGAUGGAUGGUUGAGAACCGGAGAUCUGUGUUACAUUGAUGACGAUGGUUUUGCUUUCAUUGUGGAUAGAAUCAAGGAAUUAAUCAAAUAUCAGGCAUUUCAGGUUCCUCCAGCAGAAUUAGAGAAUUUGCUUAUUUCUCCAUAUAUAGCGGAUGCUGCAGUAAUACCAUAUCCGGACGAAGAAGCUGGUGAGAUACCUAUGGCAUUUGUGGUAAGACAGCCCGGAAGUAUCCUCAGUGAAGUUGAAAUAAUGCAUUUUGUGGCAACCAAGGUUGCACCGCACAAGAAGAUAAGGCGUAUAGCAUUUAUUGAUUCCAUACCCAAGAAUGCAUCUGGCAAAAUAUUGAGAAGGGAGUUGAGGAAGUUUGUUGUCUUCUUUAGGUCUGCAGUAAUAUUUUUAUUCAUCAUCGUGAACCAUGUCAUUCUAUUUGUAGCUGUUGAGUUGAAUUAA